AUGGGCCGUCAAUAUCUCAAGGAAGUCACCGGCCUGCCAGGACUCAAAGCAGCUCCGAGCGUGGACGUCUCCGCCAUCGUCAAAGAAGUGAUCCACUCCAUCCGAGAGGAAGGCGACGUAGCCGUGAGGCGAUACUCCGAGAAGUUCGACAAGUGGUCGCCGCAGAACUUCAAGCUGUCGCAAGCCGAUAUCGAUUCAGCCAUCGCCAAUUGCCCCAAGCAAACGCUCGACGAUAUCAAAGAAGUCCAACGAAACGUGCGAGCCUUCGCCGAAGCGCAGCGCGCCUCUCUCACAGACUUCGAAGUCGAAAUCCGACCUGGCGUGCACCUCGGGCAGAAGAAUGUUCCAAUUGAGAAUGUUGGCGCAUACAUCCCCGGCGGCCGAUACCCCCUCCUUGCAUCAGCACACAUGACCAUCUUAACAGCCAAGGUCGCCGGUGUCAAGAACGUCAUUGGCUGCACCCCGCCGAUCAACGGGAAGAUUCCGUACAGCACCGUUGCCGCCAUGCACCUGGCCGGCGCGGAUGAGAUCUUCCUCCUGGGCGGUGUCCAGGCCGUGGCGGCCAUGGCGGUGGGCACGCAGACAAUCCAGAAGGUCGAUUUUCUCGCGGGGCCUGGAAAUGCGUUCGUGGCCGAGGGCAAGCGUCAGCUAUUCGGCGAGGUCGGAAUUGAUCUCUUUGCCGGUCCGACCGAGAUCCUGAUUCUCGCUGACGAGACCGCUGAUGCUUUUACUGUGGCGACGGAUUUGAUCUCUCAGGCGGAGCACGGCCCUGAUACCCCCGCUGUAUUAAUCACCACUUCUGCUGAGCUUGGACGUGCCACUAUGGAUAUUGUGGAUCGCCUCCUUGCUCAUUCUGAUCUCAGCACCGCGGCUGUUGCUAAGACUUCGUGGGACGCGUUUGGUGAAGUCAUCGUUGUUGAUACAAUUGACGAAGUGUGGGAGCUGGGGAACCAGUAUGCAAGCGAGCAUGUGCAGGUCUUCACGAGGAAUCCGCGCGAUGCGUUGGAACGGAUGACCAACUAUGGUGCGCUGUUUCUUGGCGAGAAGACAUGUGUGUCUUAUGGUGAUAAGGUCAUCGGCACUAAUCACGUUCUUCCUACCCGUACCACGGCACGUUACACGGGUGGUCUAUGGGUGGGUAAGUUCUUGAAGACAUGUACCUACCAGGAGGUCACCUCUGAGGUCGCUAGCGGUGAUCUUGGAAGGCUUUGCGGACGCGCUGCCCGAGCCGAGAACUUCGAAGCACAUGCUCGGUCUGGGGAUUUGCGUGCUCACAAGUACAAGAGAGAUGAGAUUGCGUGGAUCGAGAAGUCGCAAACGGCCAAUGGGAGCCGCUUAUGA